GGGAAUUUUAUUUGGUCUUUCGCCAUUAUUGCAAUCAGAACAUAAACACUGUAUUUCCACUGUAUGUUUUGCUAUUCAUACAUUUAAUACAGUCAAAGCAUUAAAACCUAAGUAGUCAAGACUUUAGAAUCUGUAAUAAAAUUUGUCUGAGACAGCUCGAUCAUAUGUGCAGGAAAACCUGCAGUGAGCUGGGAUAUGCUGUAGUAGGCAUCAUGGUAUUACGUCAUAUCAGGGUACACCCCCCUUAUCAGAGAAAAACAGACUGAUGUAAAACACGCACACACACUCCAAAUUAUUUGUGAUGCAAGAUGAGAAGUUGAUUGUUUACCACCAUGGCUCAACCACCAGACCACUGAAGUUUACAGAAUUAAAUUAAUCCACCAAUAACACUAGAAAGAUCAGGCAUUACAUGGGCACCUGUUCAACCAGGAGCCUUGUCAAGCCAUGACGGAAUCCAGAGACUAUGUUGGAGACUUUCUCACUGAAUUUAAGCAUGAAAUCAUUGUACGAGCAAGACAAGUCAGCGACAUCACAGAGGCAGUCUUCUCCCAAAGUCUGAUUCAUGACAGGGCAGUUCGUCAAAUCCAGGCUGCUCUGACUGAGCAGGACGCAAUGACACUUCUUUUUGAGGCCCUGGAAAGAGCACCUUCCCAACAUAGAGUGUCCUUCCACCUGAUACUUAGAAUGAAUGAACCUGAGCUUAUUCACGAACUAGAAUGGAGACAACAAAACAGCAAAUAUACUCAGACUGAAGAGGAUAUAUCAUAUGGAGAGAAAAAAGAGGAAGGCUAUAACAGUGGACACAAGGCUGACUUAGAGACAAAGAAAGAUUCACUGAUGAGAAGAAGACUGGAGACAAUGGAGCAGGAGAUAAACCAUGAAAAGGACAACCUUGAGCAAAUGAGAGCUGACCUGCAAAGAGAAAGAAAUGUUCUAGAAGACAUGCAUAUUGAACUUGUCAGAGAGAGACAGAACUGUGAAAAUGUACAAGCUGAGGUUCAGAAAGCAAAACAAGAAAUUGAGAAGAGCAAGGAAGGACUGAAACUUGAGACAGAUCGCCUAAACCAACUGACUGCUGAAAUGCUUAAAGAGAAAGAACUCCUGGAGAACAGACAUAAAGAGACCCUUAGGGAAAGUCAAUUGUUUUAUAGGAAGAAGGAAGAGUUGAAUAAAAACUUAGAGGUGAUGAGGAAUGAAAUAAAGCAUAUGCAAGAAACGAAAAUGGAGUUAAUGAGACAGAAGGAGGAUGUGGAGGCCAAACUAGAGAAGGCAACAAAGGAAAUACAUGAACUCGAACAGCUGAAGAUAGAGCUACAGAGGCAGAAUGAGGAAACUGAGAACAAAUUCAUACAGACAAAGAGCAAUAUGGACGAAUUUGAACAGAUGAAGGCUGAAAUACUAAAGCAAAAAGAGGAUCUUGAGAACAAAAUGCAACUUGUGAAAACAGAGGCAGAAAAGGUGCAACAGAUCAAGGAGGAAAUACAACAACAAAGAAAAGAAUUAGAAGAAAGGAUACAGUGGGCAAAAUGCCAGAUGGAAGAGAUGGAACUUAUGAAAAAAGAGAUAGACAGGAAGAGAAAAGACCUUGACCAAAAGAUGAAGCAGACUGCUAGGAGACAGGGUGAAAUAGACAGAAUGAGAGUGGAAAUACAGAAAGAAAAAGUAGAAAUGGAACGCAAAAGGGAUGAAAUACAAAAAGCAAGAGAGGACUUCCAGAUCAAGGUACAUACAGAAGAAAAAGAAGGGAUAAAUGCGAAGAUUGUUAAUCUCAUUUAUCAAAUUGAAAGAACCAGAAAAAUUGUAUGCGAUGCAACAUUUGAUAUGGAAAAUAGAAUGGUAGAAAACCAACUAGGAGCAGUAGAAGUAAAUAAGAUGAAAGGUGAAAUGCAGAGACUUGUUGUAGAAAUUGAACACAUCAGAGAAAUGUUACAAUGGCUGAAAACAGAAAUGGAGCAAAGCAAGGAGGUCCUUAGGAGAGAGAAGGGAGAGAUACGAUUGUUAAAGCUUGAGAUCCAACGAAGAAGAAGAGACCUUGAAAAGAAAGAAGAAAAGAACAUGAGAGAAUGUGGUGACUUAGAAAUCAUGAGUGCCAAGAUACAGCAACAAAAGAAAGAACUGGCAGGAACUUUGGAAGAAAUACAAAAAAAUAAAACAAGGCAGGCAAGGGAAGGUGUGCAAAAAACUAUGGAUGAAACAGAACAUGCUAAAGAGAGGAAAGGCAGGACAGUUGAUAAACUUGUACUUGAACAAAGAGAGGCUGAACUGAAUAAUCAAAAACAAAUUCUGGAGAACAACUUAAGGGAAAUGAUCAAGGAAAGAAGUAAUCUUGGCAAGAUGAGAAUGGAACUUGAGAUUCAAAGGCAUGAAAUGGAAAACAACAUGAAGGAGAUAAAACAGAAGAAAGAGGAGCUUGACCAGUUGACAAAAUACAUAGAUAUGGAGAAAAAAGACAUUGAAAAGAACAGGCUCUUAAAUGAUAAUAUGAGAAAUGACCUAGAAUUAAUGAAGGCAAAAUUGAAUGCUGAACAAGAAAUGAUCAUCAUUGAAAAACAAGAGAUACGGAAUGAGAGAAAAAGUUUUGAGCAGUCAAAGGCAUCUAUGCAGAGUGAAAUGCAGAACAUGAAGAGUGAUCUGGAAAAAGCCACGAUGGAAAUACAAAACCUGGAUGAAAUUAAGACAAGAUUAGAAAAAGAAAAAGAGCAAUGUGGGAUCAUUGUUGAAGACGCAAAUCAACAGAAGGAUGCCUUGGAGAAGAUGGCUGCUGAAAUAGCAAAGCAAAAGAAAGAUAUUGAGACAAACAAAGCCCUUUUUGAAAAAGAGAAAAAUAUCCUGGACAAGAAGUGGCUGGAUUUACAGAGAAGAGAUGAGGAGUUACAACUACAAAUCACAAGUCACAUGGGAAAAGAGGACAGUGACCAAAUGGCAAUUGAAGAGCAGAGAAAAGCAUUAGAAAGGGAAAGUAGUAAGAUCAAUCAACAAAAAGAAGAGGCAGAAAAAGAAAGGGAAGACAUAUUGAAGAAUCGGAAAGAACUUGACACUCUUAAAGAGCAAAUACUAAAAGAGAGGAAUGAAAUGAAGGAAAUCAAAAACAAGAUAAUAAUGGACAAACUGCUACUUGACCAAAGAGAGACUGAAAUCCAACAACAAAAGAAAAUUCUGGAGGACAAUAUGAAAGAGAUUGUUGAGGAUAGAAAUAAUCUGGAUAAGAUGAAAUUGGAAUCUGAAGCAAAGAUAGAAGAAAUGGUCAGGGAGAAGAUGAAGCAGGAGAGAAAAGAACUUGAUCAGUUGAUGAAUUACUUGCAAAUAGAUAAAAUGAAUAUGGAAAAGAACAUAUCCCUAAACAACAGUUUGAAAAAUGAACUAGAAGAAAUGAAGGUGAAACUGAACGCUGAACAAGAAGUUAUCACCCGUGAAAAAUACAAGAUAGAGAAUGAGAGAAAAAGGUUUCAGUUAUCAGAGGCAUCUAUGCAGAGAGAAAUUGAGGACAUGAAGAAUGCUUUGGAAAAGGCCAGGAUAGACAUGCAAGAACUUCAGGAAAAACUAGAACAAGAAAAAGAACAAUUUAGAAUUCACAUUGAAGAAAUAAAUCAGAAGGAGGAACUGGAUUUAAUGGCUGCAGCAACAUCAGGACAAAAUAUAGAAGCUGAGAAAAAUAAAGGUAUGGAAACUGAGUUAAGGAGACAGAAGGAAGAUGUGGAGGCCAAAACAGAAAAGGUAAUGAAGGAAAUGUAUAAACUUGAACAGUUGAGGGUAGACCUGCAGAGACAGAAAGAUACGUUCGAGAACAAAAUUGUAGAGACUAAGAGCGAGAGCAAUAAAAUUGAGCAGAUGAAGGCUGAGAUACUAAAGCAAAAGGGUGAUGUUGAAGAAAAAAUGUGUCUUGUGAAAACAGAGAUGGAAAAGGUGCAACAGGUCAAGGAGGAAAUUCAACAACAAAGAAAUGACCUGGAGGAAAGGAUGCAGAGGGUAAAACGAGAGAUGGAAGAAAUGGAACUUGUGAAAAAAGAGAUGGAAAGGAAGAGUAAAGAACUUAACCAAUGGAUGAAGCAAGUAACAAGGAAAAAAGACGAGCUAGACCAAAUAAGGGUGGAAAUCCAGAAAGAAAAAGAAGAAAUGGAAUGCAAAAGGGUAGAAGUUGAGAAGAAGAGAUAUGAGAUAGAAUGUGUUAAAGCUGAAAUACAAAGAACAAAAAAUGAAUUUGAGAAUAACGUUGAAGCAGUCACUCCAGAAAUGGAAGAAAAAGAAGAGAUAAGUACUGAGAUUAUCAGCCUUAUUGACAUGAUUGAACGAACUAGAGAAAUUGUAUGGGACAGCAAGAUUCUCUUUGAAAACAGCAUGGCAGAAAGCCAACUACAAGCAGUAGAGGAAAAUAUGAUGAAUACAGAAAUGGAGAGACUUGUUACAGAAAUUGAACACAUUAGAGAGAUGCUACAACAACUUAAGUUAGAAAUGGAGCAAAGUAAGGAGGUCCUUAGGAGAGAGAAAGACGAGAUUAAAAUGUUAAAGACAGAGAUGCAACGAAGACAAAGAGACCUUGAAAACAAAGCAGAAAAGAACAUGAGAGAACGAGGUGACUUAGAAGUGAUGAGUGCCAAAAUAAAGCAACAAAAGGAAGCGUUGGAGGCAACACUGGAAGAAAUACGAAAAAAUAAAGCAAGGCAGACAAGGCAAGAUGCGCAAAGAUCAUUGGAUGAAACGGAGGGUGACAAAGAGGGAAAAAGCGAGGCACUUGGACAACUGCUAUGUCAGGAAAGAGACAAUGAACUGGAUCAACAAAACCAAAUUCUGGAGCUCAAUUUAGGAGAAAUGCUGGAGGAGAAAUGUAAACUUGGAAAGAUGAGAAUGGAACUUGAAACUCAAAUAAAACAAAUGGAAAAUGACAGGAAAGAGAUAAAACAGAAGAGACAGGAUCUUGAUCAGUUGUUAAACUACAUAAACACGGAAAAAAAAGACUUAGAAAAGAACAAACUCAUGAACGAUAAUUUGAGAAAUGAGAUAGAGGAAAUGAAGGUGAGACUGAAUGCCGAACAAGAAGUUGUCACCCUUGAAAAACACAAGAUAGAGAAUGAGAGAAAAAGGUUUCAGUUAUCAGAGGCAUCUAUGCAGAGAGAAAUCGAGGACACGAAGAAGGCUUUGGAAAAAGCCAGGAUAGACAUGCAAGAACUUAAGAAAAAACUAGAACAAGAAAAAGAACAAUAUAGAAUUAAAAUGAUAGAGACUAAUAGCAAGACCAAUAAAAUUGAGCAGAUGAAGGCUGAGAUACUAAGGCAAAAGGGUGAUGUUGAAGAAAAAAUGUGUCUUGUGAAAACAGAGAUGGAAAAGGUGCAAGAGGUCAAGAUGGAAAUUCAACAACAAAGAAAUGACCUGGAGGAAAGGAUGCAGAGGGUAAAACGAGAGAUGGAAGAAAUGGAACUUGUGAAAAAAGAGAUGGAAAGGAAGAGUAAAGAACUUAACCAAAGGAUGAAGCAAGUAACAAGGAAAAAAGAUGAGCUCGACCAAAUAAAAGUGGAAAUCCAGAAAGAAAAAGAAGAAAUGGAAUGCAAAAGGGUAGAAGUUGAGAAGAAGAGAUAUGAGAUAGAAUGUGUUAAAGCUGAAAUACAAAGAACAAAAGAUGAAUUUGAGAAUAACGUUGAAGCAGUCACUCCAGAAAUGGAAGAAAAAGAAGAGAUAAGUACUGAGAUUAUCAGCCUUAUUGACAUGAUUGAACGAACUAGAGAAAUUGUAUGGGACAGCAAGAUUCUCUUUGAAAACAGCAUGGCAGAAAGCCAACUACAAGCAGUAGAGGAAAAUAUGAUGAAUACAGAAAUGGAGAGACUUGUUACAGAAAUUGAACACAUUAGAGAGAUGCUGCAACAACUUAAGUUAGAAAUGGAGCAAAGUAAGGAGGUCCUUAGGAGAGAGAAAGAAGAGAUUAAAAUGUUAAAGACAGAGAUGCAACGAAGACAAAGAGACCUUGAAAACAAAGCAGAAAAGAACAUGAGAGAACGAGGUGACUUAGAAGUGAUGAGUGCCAAAAUAAAGCAACAAAAGGAAGUGUUGGAGGCAACAUUGGAAGAAAUACGAAAAAAUAAAGCAAGGCAGACAAGGCAAGAUGCGGAAAGAUCAUUGGAUGAAACGGAGGGUGACAAAGAGGGAAAAAGUGAGGCACUUGAUAAACUAAUACUUCACAAAAGAGAGAAUGAACUGAAUGAACACAAACAAAUUCGGGAACAGAAUUUGAGGGAAAUGCUGGAGGAGAAAAGUGAGCUUGGAAAGAUAAAAAUGGAACUUGAAAUUCAAAUAAAACAAAUGGAAAAUGACAGGAAUGAGAUGAAACAGGAGAAACAGGAACUUGAUCAGCUGAAAAACAAAAUAAAUAUGGAGAAAAAAGACUUAGAAAAGAACAGACUCAUGAAUGGUAAUUUGAGAAAUGAGCUAGAAGAAAUGAAGGUGAAACUGAAUGCAGAACAAAAAGUCAUCACCCUUGAAAAACAAAAGGUAGAGAAAGAGAGAAAAAUGGCCGACCAAUCAAAGGCAUCUAUGCAGAGCGAAAUGCAGGACAUGAAGAACGCGUUGGAAAAAGCCAUGAUGGACUUACAAAACCUGGAUGAAAUUAAGGCAAGAUUAGCCCAAGAAAAAGAAGAAUGUAGGAUCGCCGUUGAAGACACAAACCAACAGAAGGAUGCCUUGGAGAAGAUGGCCGCUGAAAUAGAAAUGCAAAAGCAAGACAUUGAGACUAACAAAGUCCUUCUCGAUAAAGAGAAACAUGACCUUGAAAAGAAAUGGAUGGAUCUGGAGGAAAGAGAGGUGGACUUGAUAUCGCAAAUUAGAAGCCAAAGGGAAAAAGAAGAUAGUGAAAAAUUGGCAAUGGAGGAACAGAGAAAGGCACUGGAAAAAGAAAUUAGUAAGAUCAACCAACAAAAAGAAGAGGCAGAAAAAGAAAGGGAAGACAUACUGAAGAACUGGAAAGAACUUCACACUUUCAAAGAGCAAAUGAUAAAAGAGAAGGAUGAAAUGGAGGAAAUCAAAAAGAAGAUGUUAACAGACAAACUGCUACUCGACCAAAAGGAGACUGAAAUGAAAGACCAAAAACAAAUUCUGGCUGACAAUUUGAAAGAAAUUAUGAAGGAUAGAUCAAGUCUGGACAAGAUGAAAUUGGAACUUGAAUUGCAGAAACAGGAAAUGGAAAACACUAUCAGGGAGAAGAUGAAGCACGAGAGAGAAGAACUUGAUCAGUUCAUGAAAGAAGUCACCAUGCAGAAGCAAGAAGUUGAAGAUCAAAUGUCUAUAAGCAACAAUUUGAAAAAUGAACUAGAAGAAAUAAAAGUCAAACUGAAUAUGGAACAAGAAGCUAUCACUCUUGAAAAACAACAAAUAGAGAAUGAGAGAAAAAUGGUCGACCAAUCAAAGGCAUCUAUGCAGAGCGAAAUGCAGGACAUGAAGAACGCGUUGGAAAAAGCCAUGAUGGACUUACAAAACCUGGAUGAAAUUAAGGCAAGAUUAGCCCAAGAAAAAGAAGAAUGUAGGAUCACCGUUGAAGACACAAACCAACAGAAGGAUGCCUUGGAGAAGAUGGCCGCUGAAAUAGAAAUGCAAAAGCAAGACAUUGAGACUAACAAAGUCCUUCUCGAUAAAGAGAAACAUGACCUUGAAAAGAAAUGGAUGGAUCUGGAGGAAAGAGAGGUGGACUUGCAAUCGCAAAUUAGAAGCCAAAGGGAAAAAGAAGACAGUGAAAAAUUGGCAAUGGAGGAACAGAGAAAGGCACUGGAAAAAGAAAUUAGUAAGAUCAACCAACAAAAAGAAGAGGCAGAAAAAGAAAGGGAAGACAUACUGAAGAACUGGAAAGAACUUCACACUUUCAAAGAGCAAAUGAUAAAAGAGAAGGAUGAAAUGGAGGAAAUCAAAAAGAAGAUGUUAACAGACAAACUGCUACUUGACCAAAAGGAGACUGAAAUGAAAGCGCAAAAACAAAUUCUGGCCGACAAUUUGAAAGAAAUUAUGAAGGAUAGAUCAAGUCUGGACAAGAUGAAAUUGGAACUUGAAUUGCAGAAACAGGAAAUGGAAAACACUAUCAGGGAGAAGAUGAAGCACGAGAGAGAAGAACUUGAUCAGUUCAUGAAAGAAGUCACCAUGCAGAAGCAAGAAGUUGAAGAUCAAAUGUCUAUAAGCAACAAUUUGAAAAAUGAGCUAGAAGAAAUAAAAGUCAAACUGAAUGUGGAACAAGAAGCUAUCACUCUUGAAAAACAACAAAUAGAGAAUGAGAGAAAAAUGGUCGACCAAUCAAAGGCAUCUAUGCAGAGCGAAAUGCAGGACAUGAAGAACGCGUUGGAAAAAGCCAUGAUGGACUUACAAAACCUGGAUGAAAUUAAGGCAAGAUUAGCCCAAGAAAAAGAAGAAUGUAGGAUUGCCGUUGAAGACACAAACCAACAGAAGGAUGCCUUGGAGAAGAUGGCCGCUGAAAUAGAAAUGCAAAAGCAAGACAUUGAGACUAACAAAGUCCUUCUCGAUAAAGAGAAACAUGACCUUGAAAAGAAAUGGAUGGAUCUGGAGGAAAGAGAGGUGGACUUGCAAUCGCAAAUUAGAAGCCAAAGGGAAAAAGAAGAUAGUGAAAAAUUGGCAAUGGAGGAACAGAGAAAGGCACUGGAAAAAGAAAUUAGUAAGAUCAACCAACAAAAAGAAGAGGCAGAAAAAGAAAGGGAAGACAUACUGAAGAACCGGAAAGAACUUCACACUUUCAAAGAGCAAAUGAUAAAAGAGAAGGAUGAAAUGGAGGAAAUCAAAAAGAAGAUGUUAACAGACAAACUGCUACUCGACCAAAAGGAGACAGAAAUGAAAGAGCAAAAACAAAUUCUGGCCGACAAUUUGAAAGAAAUUAUGAAGGAUAGAUCAAGUCUGGACAAGAUGAAAUUGGAACCUGAAUUGCAGAAACAGGAAAUGGAAAACACUAUCAGGGAGAAGAUGAAGCACGAGAGAGAAGAACUUGAUCAGUUCAUGAAAGAAGUCACCAUGCAGAAGCAAGAAGUUGAAGAUCAAAUGUCUAUAAGCAACAAUUUGAAAAAUGAGCUAGAAGAAAUAAAAGUCAAACUGAAUGUGGAACAAGAAGCUAUCACUCUUGAAAAACAACAAAUAGAGAAUGAGAGAAAAAUGGUCGACCAAUCAAAGGCAUCUAUGCAGAGCGAAAUGCAGGACAUGAAGAACGCGUUGGAAAAAGCCAUGAUGGACUUACAAAACCUGGAUGAAAUUAAGGCAAGAUUAGCCCAAGAAAAAGAAGAAUGUAGGAUCGCCGUUGAAGACACAAACCAACAGAAGGAUGCCUUGGAGAAGAUGGCCGCUGAAAUAGAAAUGCAAAAGCAAGACAUUGAGACUAACAAAGUCCUUCUCGAUAAAGAGAAACAUGACCUUGAAAAGAAAUGGAUGGAUCUGGAGGAAAGAGAGGUGGACUUGCAAUCGCAAAUUAGAAGCCAAAGGGAAAAAGAAGACAGUGAAAAAUUGGCAAUGGAGGAACAGAGAAAGGCACUGGAAAAAGAAAUUAGUAAGAUCAACCAACAAAAAGAAGAGGCAGAAAAAGAAAGGGAAGACAUACUGAAGAACUGGAAAGAACUUCACACUUUCAAAGAGCAAAUGAUAAAAGAGAAGGAUGAAAUGGAGGAAAUCAAAAAGAAGAUGUUAACAGACAAACUGCUACUUGACCAAAAGGAGACUGAAAUGAAAGAGCAAAAACAAAUUCUGGCCGACAAUUUGAAAGAAAUUAUGAAGGAUAGAUCAAGUCUGGACAAGAUGAAAUUGGAACUUGAAUUGCAGAAACAGGAAAUGGAAAACACUAUCAGGGAGAAGAUGAAGCACGAGAGAGAAGAACUUGAUCAGUUCAUGAAAGAAGUCACCAUGCAGAAGCAAGAAGUUGAAGAUCAAAUGUCUAUAAGCAACAAUUUGAAAAAUGAGCUAGAAGAAAUAAAAGUCAAACUGAAUGUGGAACAAGAAGCUAUCACUCUUGAAAAACAACAAAUAGAGAAUGAAAGAAAAAUGGUCGACCAAUCAAAGGCAUCUAUGCAGAGCGAAAUGCAGGACAUGAAGAACGCGUUGGAAAAAGCCAUGAUGGACUUACAAAACCUGGAUGAAAUUAAGGCAAGAUUAGCCCAAGAAAAAGAAGAAUGUAGGAUCGCCGUUGAAGACACAAACCAACAGAAGGAUGCCUUGGAGAAGAUGGCCGCUGAAAUAGAAAUGCAAAAGCAAGACAUUGAGACUAACAAAGUCCUUCUCGAUAAAGAGAAACAUGACCUUGAAAAGAAAUGGAUGGAUCUGGAGGAAAGAGAGGUGGACUUGCAAUCGCAAAUUAGAAGCCAAAGGGAAAAAGAAGACAGUGAAAAAUUGACAAUGGAGGAACAGAGAAAGGCACUGGAAAAAGAAAUUAGUAAGAUCAACCAACAAAAAGAAGAGGCAGAAAAAGAAAGGGAAGACAUACUGAAGAACUGGAAAGAACUUCACACUUUCAAAGAGCAAAUGAUAAAAGAGAAGGAUGAAAUGGAGGAAAUCAAAAAGAAGAUGUUAACAGACAAACUGCUACUUGACCAAAAGGAGACUGAAAUGAAAGAGCAAAAACAAAUUCUGGCCGACAAUUUGAAAGAAAUUAUGAAGGAUAGAUCAAGUCUGGACAAGAUGAAAUUGGAACUUGAAUUGCAGAAACAGGAAAUGGAAAACACUAUCAGGGAGAAGAUGAAGCACGAGAGAGAAGAACUUGAUCAGUUCAUGAAAGAAGUCACCAUGCAGAAGCAAGAAGUUGAAGAUCAAAUGUCUAUAAGCAACAAUUUGAAAAAUGAGCUAGAAGAAAUAAAAGUCAAACUGAAUGUGGAACAAGAAGCUAUCACUCUUGAAAAACAACAAAUAGAGAAUGAGAGAAAAAUGGUCGACCAAUCAAAGGCAUCUAUGCAGAGCGAAAUGCAGGACAUGAAGAACGCGUUGGAAAAAGCCAUGAUGGACUUACAAAACCUGGAUGAAAUUAAGGCAAGGUUAGCCCAAGAAAAAGAAGAAUGUAGGAUCACUGUUGAAGACACAAACCAACAGAAGGAUGCCUUGGAGAAGAUGGCCGCUGAAAUAGAAAUGCAAAAGCAAGACAUUGAGACUAACAAAGUCCUUCUCGAUAAAGAGAAACAUGACCUUGAAAAGAAAUGGACGGAUCUGGAGGAAAGAGAGGUGGACUUGCAAUCGCAAAUUAGAAGCCAAAGGGAAAAAGAAGAUAGUGAAAAAUUGGCAAUGGAGGAACAGAGAAAGGCACUGGAAAAAGAAAUUAGUAAGAUCAACCAACAAAAAGAAGAGGCAGAAAAAGAAAGGGAAGACAUACUGAAGAACUGGAAAGAACUUCACACUUUCAAAGAGCAAAUGAUAAAAGAGAAGGAGGAAAUGGAGGAAAUCAAAAAGAAGAUGUUAACAGACAAACUGCUACUCGACCAAAAGGAGACAGAAAUGAAAGCGCAAAAACAAAUUCUGGCCGACAAUUUGAAAGAAAUUAUGAAGGAUAGAUCAAGUCUGGACAAGAUGAAAUUGGAACUUGAAUUGCAGAAACAGGAAAUGGAAAACACUAUCAGGGAGAAGAUGAAGCACGAGAGAGAAGAACUUGAUCAGUUCAUGAAAGAAGUCACCAUGCAGAAGCAAGAAGUUGAAGAUCAAAUGUCUAUAAGCAACAAUUUGAAAAAUGAGCUAGAAGAAAUAAAAGUCAAACUGAAUGUGGAACAAGAAGCUAUCACUCUUGAAAAACAACAAAUAGAGAAUGAGAGAAAAAUGGUCGACCAAUCAAAGGCAUCUAUGCAGAGCGAAAUGCAGGACAUGAAGAACGCGUUGGAAAAAGCCAUGAUGGACUUACAAAACCUGGAUGAAAUUAAGGCAAGAUUAGCCCAAGAAAAAGAAGAAUGUAGGAUCGCCGUUGAAGACACAAACCAACAGAAGGAUGCCUUGGAGAAGAUGGCCGCUGAAAUAGAAAUGCAAAAGCAAGACAUUGAGACUAACAAAGUCCUUCUCGAUAAAGAGAAACAUGACCUUGAAAAGAAAUGGAUGGAUCUGGAGGAAAGAGAGGUGGACUUGCAAUCGCAAAUUAGAAGCCAAAGGGAAAAAGAAGACAGUGAAAAAUUGGCAAUGGAGGAACAGAGAAAGGCACUGGAAAAAGAAAUUAGUAAGAUCAACCAACAAAAAGAAGAGGCAGAAAAAGAAAGGGAAGACAUACUGAAGAACUGGAAAGAACUUCACACUUUCAAAGAGCAAAUGAUAAAAGAGAAGGAUGAAAUGGAGGAAAUCAAAAAGAAGAUGUUAACAGACAAACUGCUACUUGACCAAAAGGAGACUGAAAUGAAAGCGCAAAAACAAAUUCUGGCCGACAAUUUGAAAGAAAUUAUGAAGGAUAGAUCAAGUCUGGACAAGAUGAAAUUGGAACUUGAAUUGCAGAAACAGGAAAUGGAAAACACUAUCAGGGAGAAGAUGAAGCACGAGAGAGAAGAACUUGAUCAGUUCAUGAAAGAAGUCACCAUGCAGAAGCAAGAAGUUGAAGAUCAAAUGUCUAUAAGCAACAAUUUGAAAAAUGAGCUAGAAGAAAUAAAAGUCAAACUGAAUGUGGAACAAGAAGCUAUCACUCUUGAAAAACAACAAAUAGAGAAUGAGAGAAAAAUGGUCGACCAAUCAAAGGCAUCUAUGCAGAGCGAAAUGCAGGACAUGAAGAACGCGUUGGAAAAAGCCAUGAUGGACUUACAAAACCUGGAUGAAAUUAAGGCAAGAUUAGCCCAAGAAAAAGAAGAAUGUAGGAUCGCCGUUGAAGACACAAACCAACAGAAGGAUGCCUUGGAGAAGAUGGCCGCUGAAAUAGAAAUGCAAAAGCAAGACAUUGAGACUAACAAAGUCCUUCUCGAUAAAGAGAAACAUGACCUUGAAAAGAAAUGGAUGGAUCUGGAGGAAAGAGAGGUGGACUUGCAAUCGCAAAUUAGAAGCCAAAGGGAAAAAGAAGACAGUGAAAAAUUGGCAAUGGAGGAACAGAGAAAGGCACUGGAAAAAGAAAUUAGUAAGAUCAACCAACAAAAAGAAGAGGCAGAAAAAGAAAGGGAAGACAUACUGAAGAACUGGAAAGAACUUCACACUUUCAAAGAGCAAAUGAUAAAAGAGAAGGAUGAAAUGGAGGAAAUCAAAAAGAAGAUGUUAACAGACAAACUGCUACUCGACCAAAAGGAGACUGAAAUGAAAGAGCAAAAACAAAUUCUGGCCGACAAUUUGAAAGAAAUUAUGAAGGAUAGAUCAAGUCUGGACAAGAUGAAAUUGGAACUUGAAUUGCAGAAACAGGAAAUGGAAAACACUAUCAGGGACAAGAUGAAGCACGAGAGAGUAGAACUUGAUCAGUUCAUGAAAGAAGUCACCAUGCAGAAGCAAGAAGUUGAAGAUCAAAUGUCUAUAAGCAACAAUUUGAAAAAUGAGCUAGAAGAAAUAAAAGUCAAACUGAAUGUGGAACAAGAAGCUAUCACUCUUGAAAAACAACAAAUAGAGAAUGAGAGAAAAAUGGUCGACCAAUCAAAGGCAUCUAUGCAGAGCGAAAUGCAGGACAUGAAGAACGCGUUGGAAAAAGCCAUGAUGGACUUACAAAACCUGGAUGAAAUUAAGGCAAGAUUAGCCCAAGAAAAAGAAGAAUGUAGGAUCGCCGUUGAAGACACAAACCAACAGAAGGAUGCCUUGGAGAAGAUGGCCGCUGAAAUAGAAAUGCAAAAGCAAGACAUUGAGACUAACAAAGUCCUUCUCGAUAAAGAGAAACAUGACCUUGAAAAGAAAUGGAUGGAUCUGGAGGAAAGAGAGGUGGACUUGCAAUCGCAAAUUAGAAGCCAAAGGGAAAAAGAAGACAGUGAAAAAUUGGCAAUGGAGGAACAGAGAAAGGCACUGGAAAAAGAAAUUAGUAAGAUCAACCAACAAAAAGAAGAGGCAGAAAAAGAAAGGGAAGACAUACUGAAGAACUGGAAAGAACUUCACACUUUCAAAGAGCAAAUGAUAAAAGAGAAGGAUGAAAUGGAGGAAAUCAAAAAGAAGAUGUUAACAGACAAACUGCUACUUGACCAAAAGGAGACUGAAAUGAAAGAGCAAAAACAAAUUCUGGCCGACAAUUUGAAAGAAAUUAUGAAGGAUAGAUCAAGUCUGGACAAGAUGAAAUUGGAACUUGAAUUGCAGAAACAGGAAAUGGAAAACACUAUCAGGGAGAAGAUGAAGCACGAGAGAGUAGAACUUGAUCAGUUCAUGAAAGAAGUCACCAUGCAGAAGCAAGAAGUUGAAGAUCAAAUGUCUAUAAGCAACAAUUUGAAAAAUGAGCUAGAAGAAAUAAAAGUCAAACUGAAUGUGGAACAAGAAGCUAUCACUCUUGAAAAACAACAAAUAGAGAAUGAGAGAAAAAUGGUCGACCAAUCAAAGGCAUCUAUGCAGAGCGAAAUGCAGGACAUGAAGAACGCGUUGGAAAAAGCCAUGAUGGACUUACAAAACCUGGAUGAAAUUAAGGCAAGAUUAGCCCAAGAAAAAGAAGAAUGUAGGAUCGCCGUUGAAGACACAAACCAACAGAAGGAUGCCUUGGAGAAGAUGGCCGCUGAAAUAGAAAUGCAAAAGCAAGACAUUGAGACUAACAAAGUCCUUCUCGAUAAAGAGAAACAUGACCUUGAAAAGAAAUGGAUGGAUCUGGAGGAAAGAGAGGUGGACUUGCAAUCGCAAAUUAGAAGCCAAAGGGAAAAAGAAGACAGUGAAAAAUUGGCAAUGGAGGAACAGAGAAAGGCACUGGAAAAAGAAAUUAGUAAGAUCAACCAACAAAAAGAAGAGGCAGAAAAAGAAAGGGAAGACAUACUGAAGAACUGGAAAGAACUUCACACUUUCAAAGAGCAAAUGAUAAAAGAGAAGGAUGAAAUGGAGGAAAUCAAAAAGAAGAUGUUAACAGACAAACUGCUACUCGACCAAAAGGAGACUGAAAUGAAAGAGCAAAAACAAAUUCUGGCCGACAAUUUGAAAGAAAUUAUGAAGGAUAGAUCAAGGACAAGAUGA